CUCGCACUAUGACACAUGUAAUUACUAUCGCCUGUUUAAUCAUAAUCUGCAGUAAAUUCGCUGAUCUCUUCCCUGGGCCCCUGCGAUGCCUGCCAUCCAUCUGCCAGCCUGCACACAAGCCCCUUACUUCAAUGUCUGCUCACCUAAAAUCUUCACGUCAUCGCUAUUGCAUCAUCGCCAGCUUCUGUAAAGAGCACUUUGAGCAGAACACACGAUGGCCGACGAACUGGUGCACUCGCAUGAUCCUAACCACCCCGCGAAUCUGAUCUGUGAGCUCUGCAAGAUCUUCUACAACAAUGGCUGGGUCACUGGUACCGGAGGCGGCAUCAGCGUGAAGGACGGAGACAAAAUAUACCUGGCGCCGUCCGGUGUGCAGAAAGAGAGAAUGGUGCCGGAGAAUAUGUUUGUGAUGGACCACCCGUCAAAAGAAUAUCUCCGCAGACCAGAGGUGUACAAGCCGUCUGCCUGCACGCCCUUGUUUAUGGCGGCCUAUGAUAUCCGGGGUGCGGGCGCCUGUAUCCACACUCAUUCUCAGAACGCCGUCAUGGUCUCGCUACUCUACGACAAAGAGUUCACGAUCGCAAACAUCGAGCAGAUCAAAGCUCUCCCGCGCGUAACCGAGCCAGGCUACCUAGGCUUCUUCGACACCCUCACGAUCCCCAUCAUCGAAAACACCGCGCACGAAGAGGACCUCAAGGACAGUCUCGAGCAAGCGAUCCUCGCCUACCCCGGCACCACCGCCGUCCUCGUCCGGCGACACGGCAUCUACGUCUGGGGCGAGUCCGUGUGGAAGGCCAAAGUGUACAACGAGGCGAUCGACUACUUGCUCGAGCUCGCGGUCAAGAUGCGCCAGUUUGGCAUCGCACCUGACGGGGCGAUUGGAAGCGAGCGCGAGCAGAGGCGGCUGUAGUGUAGUUAUAGUUAUAGUAGUAGACGUGGGAGAAUGGAAAGAUGAGGUCAGUGUUUAUGUAUUACCCGAUUCGGAAGUAAUUGGCCAACCUCCAGCAGGAGUUGUAGUUCUGGACUUGCGAGUCGGAGCAGCCAGAUCCCGAUAGAAGAGAGUCAUCUGAAUACAGUAAAAGCACCCACGUGGAUCAAAUACGACGAACAGAGCUC